GGGGAGGAGUCAUAAAUCAAUGCUGAUAAAUAAAAGGUCCCACUUCUUCAGUCCAAGGUCCAGGACGCUGGGAGAGCUGCCCCCUCAGACAAGAGCUGCAGGCUGGUGGGGAAGCAACAUCUUAGCAUCCCAGGAUCUCCAGCUGCCCUCAGUGGGAAGAGUGUGAGACACAGAGAGAGAAAGAGAGAGAAAGACUGAGAGAUUCCUCCCUGCACUGGCACAAUGCGUACUCUCAUCAUCUUUACACUAUUGGCUGUCAUGGUGAUGGCUGCUACUUGCUAUGCUGCUUUUCCAUACUGAUGGAACUACGAUACUGUUUCAUGCAAGAGUCAAGCACAUCUCACUGUGUUAAUCCAUUCUCUAAGAAUGGCAGGCUUUGAAGAGUCCCAUGAGAGCAUGGAAUCCCACGAGUAUCUCAAUCCCUUCAUCAGCAGGCGAAGGGCCAAUGACUUCAUACAAGCUGACGCGAGGCUGGAAGCCUUGUCUCAGGAGAGGAUCAGGGAGCGUGUUAAGGCACCCCGGGAACGUCAGAGGGAGAUCUGCGAAGACUACAUCCCCUGCAAACAGUACUCUCUGUACCGUGGCUAUGGUGCUGCUUACAGGCACUAUUUUGACAGGAGGAGAACUAAAUAGAAGCUGACCUGUCUCCACUCUGGGGCCUGGAGCCUGGGGUAUCAAGAAACAGAAACAAAUCUGCUCUGAAACUUACUCAGUUGCUUGUGUCCCUGUAUGUUAUCCUGCCUGCUGCUUCUCUCCCACGUAGCCAUGGUUUCCUACCCGGUGUUAAUUAGGGCUGAGCUGAUGUAGCAGAGAUCAGAUAGAGUUCAGGAUGUGGGUGUUUACUGCACAAUAAAUUGCUGGUUUGAUACUAUCUUCUCAUGAAUCACAGUAUUUG